AUGAAGCUGUUGAUCAUGGCAGCUGCCUCUCUGGCAGUGGUGAGCUGUGCCAGCCUCUCUCUGGAGGACCUGGAGUUCCACGCAUGGAAACUCAAGUUUGAUAAAUCAUAUAGCACACCUCAGGAGGAGGCCCAUCGUAAAGACAUCUGGCUCUCCACCCGCCGCAGUGUUCUGGCCCACAACAUCCUGGCUGACCAGGGCAUCAAGACCUACCGCAUGGGCAUGAACCAGUUCUCCGACAUGGACAGUGAGGAAUUCCGCCAGACUGUCCUCCUCGGAAGCAUGAUCCCCUCCAAUGAGACCAGAACCCUGCCCAACAGAGGCACAUUCACUUCCAUACCUAAAGGGGGCGCUGUGAAGCUGGCUGACACUGUGGACUGGAGGGAAAAAGGCUGUGUGACGGAUGUCAAAGAACAGGGGGCGUGCGGAUCCUGCUGGGCCUUCAGCGCGACAGGUGCACUAGAGUCCCACUACUGCAUUAAGCAUGGCUCACUGCCCUCUCUGAGCGAACAGCAGCUGGUGGACUGCUCUAGGCCCUAUGGGAACCAUGGAUGCAGUAAUGGCUCCAGAGAGGGGGCCUUUGAUUAUGUCAUCGAGGCUGGAGGAGUGGACACUGAGGCCAGUUACUCCUAUGAGGGAGAGGACGGAACCUGCCGUUUUGAUCCAGCUGGUGUUGCUGUGACCUGCAGUAGUUAUGAAUAUGUAACACCCCAGGGUGAUGAAUCUGCACUACAAAGCUACGUGGCCAACCAGGGACCCGUGUCUGUGGCUGUGAAUGCUACAGAAAUCCAGGGCUAUCAGUCUGGUGUCUUCAAUAACCCUUCCUGCAGCCAGGAGGUGAACCACGCUAUGCUGGUGGUGGGUUAUGGAAAUGAGGGAGGUCAAGACUACUGGCUGGUGAAGAACAGCUGGGGCACGUCCUGGGGAGAGGGUGGCUACAUCAAGAUGUCCAGGAAUCAGGGCAACCAGUGUGGCAUUGCGUCGUAUGCCUUGUUUCCUACAGUCGGAUGAGACCAAUCGGGACAUCUGAAGAUAGCUUUAAGCUCACAGCAAGCACAGCUGCAACAUGCGCAACUCAUUAUGAACAGAA